UUAAAAGGAUUCCUCCCGUUGAUUGAGUGAUCUUCUGGGUUUUUUCCUCCUACCGACAGCUGUUCAAAUAUGGAAAACGAACGAUGAGGAGUGCACCAGGGUGCAGCUGACUGACUGAACCAUGGCUCAGUUUUCCAUGCCCUUUGGAGGGGGGCUGGAUACGUGGGUUAUCUCUGUGGAUGAGAGAGCCAAACAUGAUCAACAGUUCCACAGUCUGACCCCCACACCUGCUGGCUUCAUCACAGGUGACCAGGCCAAGAACUUCUUCCUGCAGUCAGGCCUCCCACCCCCUGUUCUGGCACAGAUAUGGGCUCUGGCCGACCUCAACAAUGACGGGAAGAUGGACGUGCACGAGUUCUCCAUCGCCAUGAAGCUGAUCAAGCUGCGUCUGCAGGGCCACCCGCUGCCCCCCACGCUGCCGCCCUCCAUGAAGCAGCCGCCCCUCUCCCUGCCUCCCCCCACGGCCUUUGGUGUGCCAGGCGUGGGGACCGUGACGGGCCUGCCGGCAGUACCGCCCAUGCCCCAUCCCCCGCUCCCCACCGGUGUGCCGGUGGUGGGCAUGUCGCCCCCGCUGGUGUCCACGGUGACCCCUCCCAUGCCCCCCAUGGCCAAUGGAGCUCCUUCAAUGAUGCAGACCGUGCCGGGCUUCUCACACCCAGGUGAGAGCCUUGCACUGGAAGCCCCACUUUCAGCCACAGCACACAAAAGCUCUUCUUUCAAUCGCUCCAGUGCCAAGCUGUCCAAGGGCCAGUCUUUUGAGACACCUAGUGCCCCUGCUGUUCCUGUGCCCCUCGACUGGGCCGUGCCCCAGUCCUCACGGCUGAAGUAUCGUCAGCUCUUCAACAGCCAUGACAAAAUGAUGAGCGGCCAUCUCACAGGGCCCCAAGCUCGAACCAUCCUCAUGCAGUCCAGUCUUCCACAGACACAGCUGGCCACUAUUUGGAACCUGUCGGACAUAGACCAGGACGGGAAGCUGACGGCCGAGGAGUUCAUUCUGGCCAUGCACCUGAUCGACAUGGCCAUGUCGGGCCUGCCCCUCCCACCGCUUCUCCCCCCCGACCUCCUCCCUCCAACCUUCAGGAGGGUGCGUUCUGGCAGUGGCGUCUCAGUGAGCAGCGUGCACUCCACGGAUCAGCGAGCGCAGGAGGAGUUGGCAGAGGAAGAGGAGAAGGAGCUGGAGAAAAAGCUUCCAGUCACCUUUGAGGACAAGAAGCGGGAGAACUUCGAGCGGGGCAACCUGGAGCUGGAGAAGCGACGGCAGGCGCUGCUGGAGCAGCAGCGGAAGGAGCAGGAGCGUCUGGCGGCGCUGGAGCGCGAGGAGCAGGAGCGGCGGGAGCGCGAGCGCCAGGAGCAGGAGCGCCGCCGCCAGCAGGAGCUGGAGCGGCAGCUGGACAAGCAGCGCGAGCUGGAGAGGCAGCGCGAGGAGGAGCGCCGCAAGGAGAUCGAGAGGAGAGAGGCUGCUAAGCGAGAGCUGGAGAGACAGCGACAGUUGGAGUGGGAGAGGAACCGCAGGCAAGAGCUGCUGACACAGAGAAAUCGAGAGCAAGAGAACAUAGUCCUGCUCAAAGCACGCAAGAAAACACUCGAAUUUGAACUGGAGGCUCUGAACGAUAAGAAGUCUCAGCUGGAGGGGAAACUGCAGGACAUCCGCUGCCGACUUGCCACACAGAGGCAGGACAUUGAGAGCACCAACAAGGCCCGCGAGCUGCGCAUCGCGGAGAUCACCGCGCUGCAGCAGCAGCUGCAGGAGUCUCAGCAGUGGUUGGGCAGGCUGAUUCCUGACAAGCAGUGUCUGAGUGACCAGCUGAAACAGGUCCAGCAGGACAGCCUGCACAGGGACACUCUCUCCAGCCUGCAGAGAGCCGUGGAGAUGAAGGAAGCCACGAGACAACAGUUGCGGGAGCAGCUAGAUGCCGUGGAGAAGGAGACGCGCUCUAAACUGUUGGAGAUAGAUGCCUUCAACACACAGCUGAAGUCCUUGGAACUGUUCUAUCAGGCCCAUACUGCCCGGAUAGAGAGCCUUCGGCUGGAACUACUUCUUGAGGAGCAGAGGGGGCGACAGGAGCUCAGGGAGAUCCACAACAAGCAGCAGCGUCAAAAGCAGAAGGAGCUGGAGGGCAACCUCAUCAUCCAGCCGCCGCUGGCCUCCAAGCCUACCGAUUUGCAGGAGUCCAGGCUGCCGGGGGCCGACGAUGGCGUGUCGCCCGCCUGGCGGGACUCGGCACUAGGGAAGGCGCCCACGCUGCCGGCCGUGCAGCCGUGGGCGAGCCGCGCUGCCGAGGAAGAGAACCAGGGCCCCAGGAGCGACGCACAGGACAAACUGGCCAAGCUGUUUGCGCAGCAGCCGGAGGCGGGAAAGCAGCCGGGCCCAUCGCCCUGGCCCACGGGAGAUAAAGUGUCCGUGUCUAGCCUGGGCCAGGAGAAGGUGAAGGUGGUGUACUACAGAGCACUUUACCCUUUUGAGGCUCGCAGCCACGAUGAGAUCAGCAUCCAGCCUGGAGACAUAGUCAUGGUGAAAGGGGAGUGGGUGGACGAGUCUCAGACGGGCGAGCCCGGUUGGUUAGGCGGAGAGAUAAAAGGAAAGACCGGUUGGUUUCCAGCGAACUAUGCAGAGAAGAUUCCGGAAUCUGAAGUCCCUCUCAACCUGAGAGCCAGUGCCGCCUUAAGUACCUCCAAACUGUCCAGCCGAGUUGCGCCCGCGACCACAUCCUCCGUUCUGCAGCCAGUCACCACCGAGACAGUGUCGGUAGCUCCGCCCCCGACAGCUCCAACUGCCCCAGGUCCUACCGCCCCCUCGUCCUCUGCUUCUAGUAACUGGGCGGAUUUCAGUGCUACAUGGCCGACCAACUCAACUGUGGAAAAACAGGACUCUGACGGCUGGGAGGCGUGGCCAAGCCAGCCGACACAACCCUCCUUGUCUGUGCCCAGUGGGGGGCAGGGCCGACAACGCUCCGCCUUCACCCCCGCCACUCUCUCUGGCUCCUCCCCUUCCCCUGUGCUUGGGCAGGGGGAGAAGGUGGAGGGGCUUCAGGCGCAGGCUCUGUACCCAUGGCGGGCAAAGAAGGACAACCACCUGAACUUCAACAAGAGCGACGUGAUCACAGUGCUGGAGCAGCAGGACAUGUGGUGGUUCGGCGAGGUACAGGGCCAGAGAGGCUGGUUCCCAAAGUCCUACGUUAAGCUGAUCUCUGGCCCUGUGCGCAAGUCCAUGAGUAUUGAGUCUGGAUCCUCUGACAGCCCACCCAGUAUGAAGAGACCCAGCCCUUCCCCCAACAAACCCAUGGACCUUGGUGAAGCGGUCUGUCUGCAUGUUCCCUCAGAGUACUUGGCGAUGUAUACAUACGAGAGUAGCGAGCAGGGCGACCUGACCUUCCAGCAGGGAGAGGUCAUCGCCGUGCUGAGGAAAGAAGGUGACUGGUGGACGGGCACGGUGGGCGGCAGGACAGGCGUCUUCCCCUCCAACUACGUCAAGCCCAAGGACUCAGAGGGCCUGGGGCCUGCGGGUAAGACUGGCAGCCUGGGGAAGAAGCCAGAAAUCGCCCAGGUGAUUGCUCCCUACACGGCAACGGGGGCAGAGCAACUAACGCUGGCGCCCGGCCAGCUCAUCCUCAUCCGCAAGAAGAACCCUGGAGGCUGGUGGGAGGGGGAGCUGCAGGCAAGAGGGAAGAAGCGUCAGAUUGGCUGGUUCCCAGCCAAUUAUGUGAAACUAUUAAGUCCUAGUACCAGUAAGACUACGCCCACUGAGCCAACUCCACCCAAACUGCCAACACCUAAUGCAGUGUGCCAGGUGAUUGGCAUGUACGACUACACGGCUCAGAACGACGAUGAGCUGCCGUUUGGGAAGGGCCAGAUCAUCAAUGUGCUAAGCAGAGAGGACCCUGACUGGUGGAAGGGUGAGCUGAACGGCUCCGUCGGCCUUUUCCCCUCCAACUACGUCAAACUGACCACAGACACGGACCCCAGCCAGCAGUGGUGCGCUGACCUCCACCUCUUGGACAUGCUGAGCCCGAUGGAGAGGAAGCGGCAGGGCUACAUCCAUGAGCUCAUCGUCACAGAGGAGAACUACGUCAACGACCUGCAGCUCGUCACAGAGACCUUCCAGAAACCUCUGCUGGAGUGGGAGCUGCUGACGGAGAAAGAGGUGGCCAUGAUCUUCGUCAACUGGAAGGAGCUAAUCAUGUGCAACAUCAAGCUGCUCAAGGCGCUGCGGGUGAGGAAGAAGAUGUCGGGCGAGCGCAUGCCGGUGAAAAUGAUCGGGGACAUCCUGACGGCACAGCUGCCCCACAUGCAGCCGUACAUCCGCUUCUGCAGCUGUCAGCUCAAUGGAGCCACCCUCAUCCAGCAGAAGACCGACGAGGUGCCCGACUUCAAGGACUUCGUCAAGAGGUUGGCCAUGGACCCGCGCUGUAAAGGCAUGCCUCUCUCCAGUUUCCUGCUCAAACCUAUGCAGAGGGUCACACGGUAUCCCCUCAUAAUCAAAAACAUUUUGGAGAACACGCCAGAAAGUCACCCGGACCACAGCCACCUGCGGCAGGCCCUGGAGAAGGCCGAGGAGCUGUGCUCACAGGUCAACGAGGGCGUGCGCGAGAAGGAGAACUCAGACAGACUGGAGUGGAUACAGGCGCACGUACAGUGCGAGGGGUUGUCUGAGCAACUGGUCUUCAACUCGGUGACCAACUGCCUUGGCCCCCGCAAGUUCCUGCACAGCGGCAAGCUUUACAAGGCCAAGAGCAACAAGGAGCUCUACGGCUUCCUGUUCAACGACUUCCUGCUGCUGACGCAGGUCACCAAGCCGCUGGGCUCCUCCACCUCCGAAAAGGUGUUCGGCGCCAAGUCCCACCUGCAGUACCGCAUGUACAAGACGCCCAUCUUCCUGAACGAAGUUCUGGUGAAGCUCCCUACCGACCCCUCCGGAGACGAGCCCAUCUUUCACAUAUCCCACAUAGACCGAGUGUACACCAUACGCGCAGACAGCAUCAAUGAGAGGACAGCGUGGGUGCAGAAGAUCAAGGCUGCCUCUGAGCUCUUCAUCGAGACGGAGAAGAAGAAGAGGGAGAAAGCCUAUCUGGUGCGGUCGCAGAGAGCUACAGGCAUCGGCAGACUGAUGGUAAACAUUGUAGAAGGAAUUGAGCUAAAACCAUGUCGUUCUCAUGGUAAAAGUAACCCAUACUGUGAGGUGACUAUGGGUGCUCAGUGUCACAUCACUAAGACACUGCAGGACACACUGAACCCCAAGUGGAACUCAAACUGCCAGUUCUUCAUCAGAGACCUGGAGCAGGAUGUGCUCUGUGUGACUGUAUUUGAGAGGGACCAAUUCUCUCCUGAUGAUUUUCUUGGCAGGACAGAGAUUCGACUGGCAGACAUUAAAAAGGACCAGGGUUCAAAAGGACCAAUUACUAAGAGGCUCCUCUUGCAUGAAGUCCCCACUGGAGAGAUAGUGGUCCGGCUCGACCUCCAACUGUUCGACGAACCCUGACACACACACACACACACACACACACACACGCAUGCACACAACAUGACUUUUGACUUUCUUUGGCCCCAGAUUCCAUCAUGCCCCCGACUCCAUGGUACAAACCUACCAGUCUCUCGUGACAAUCCCACAUCACUCGGUACCAUGCCCCACCGUGAGUGUGUGUCUGCGUGUGCAGGAGAGUGACGUUGGUGGGACGGGUGCUUGCAAAUGUGAGCUGUAAUGGUGUUACACUGUUCUCUAGGAGUUUUUAUGUUUGGUUUGUUUGUUGGACUUUUACACUCCAAGAGCGGAAGCUGAAGGUGACAGUGGUAAGGAGCUAACGCCAGUAUCACUGCUUUACUAACAGUCCCGUAGGCCCCGUCACUGAACUUCCCAAGCCUGAGGGCUGUAGCCAAGUUCACUUUUUCACAUUCACUGGCUAAUCUAUAUAGCAAAUGGCGAAUUUCUAAUGGGCUUUGCCUUGGCACAGAGAGCAUCUAAAAUGUAUGAUCUUAAAAUACUACAAACUACACAGUAGAAAUGUGAUGCAAACGAGAACAGGUUGACAAAUCCCUGUUUGUGGUUUUAAUGCCUUGUUUAUUCCCUAGACUACUAGUGACUUUGUCAGUCCUCUCAGUUUUACAAAUCCUCUCCGUUCUGGAAUUAAUGGGCUUCUAGCGUUCAAACGCACAUUCUAGAAGAAUGUAGCAGUUCUUCGAAGCAUCUUCGAGAGAAUGUGCCAUUCCAGAAAGUAUUUGGACACACCCGAGGCUCUAGAAAAUAGUUUGCCAAACUUCAUAGCCAAAAAAUUGCUUCAGUUAUUCGGUAUAUGGAAUUUUCCCCCCACAUUCAGUCUUACUUUGCAUCCUCACAAGUCCACGCAAGUUUUUUUCCAGUUUCCUUCCAAAAGUUGACCAAAUACAUGAAUGCAAUGAAGAGGCAGAUUUCCUAAGCAAGUAAGUGAACUCUCAGUCUGGUUUAUGAGAGAGGCAGAGCGGAUCACCCUUAAGCUUCAAUAUAUAUGUGAAGAAGGUGAAACCGUUUGGGGAAUCAUUCCUACCUGUAGCGUGAAGAGCUGGCCACGAGUCUUUAUGAACGACCCAUCAAACACCAUGCAGUAAAUCAGGCUUUCCCACUAUAAUACUAGCACUUGCCUCAAAUAGUUUUGCUUGUUCCUUGUUGUUUUGUUUGGUUUUUUGUGUUGUUUUUUUUUCCCUUUUAUGUGUUUUUGUUUUUACUGAGAAAGAAGCAAAUAUAUCAGCCCAUUGUAACGCCUUCAAGAGUGUGUUCUGAUACACUAUUAAUGCUGUACCGAUAUACAUAAUAUAACGCCAGUUUCCAUAGGUGUCAUUUUAAUUUCACAAAGUAAGCUAUUUACCUUAUUUGGUAUUUAUAAUUGAUGCUGUGUUACUAAUAUGUUCAGUUGUUUUAUUACUGCUUUUUUUGGGGGGGUGGGGGAGAGAUUUCCAUAUUUUUCUCUAAAAGCCUCUGCUUAGAUAUUAGUGGUUAGCUAGUAGCGAUUAAUGCUGUAAUCAGAUUUCAUUUGUAAAGAUGGCAUGUGUCAGGCUUAAUAUUUUUGUUUAAAGAUGUGCUUUUAUUAUUUGAAAAAACUAAAUUGUCAAUGGAAUAUUACCGUGCCGAGUCUGGAAAUCUGGGAAGCUUGUAUUACACAGAACUUGUGUGUAUGAAUUACAAGAGUCAUCUGAUAUGCGUCAGAGAUCAGGCUACAGGGUGAUUGUGAUGAUCAGUUCAGCAGAACGCAACUUUCCUUCAUAGAAUGUUACUGAAUAGUGCUGCUACUCCACAAUAUGUUUGUUGUUUAAUCAUAGGAGGGGGAGGGGGGUUCUUUAAUUUAUUAUUUUUUUUUACUGUUCAGGAAUUUAAAAGUGAUUUGGUUUGAAUGGAUGGAAUGAGAAAUGGGUGCAUUACUGAGCCUGAGAGUACAUUUCUGAAUAAAGGAGUACUGUCGUGUGUGCGUGUGUGCGCGCGUGUGCAUUAGAGAUGUGUGCAGACGCAAUAUGGACAUACCUAUUCCACUGCUGUGCUAGUGAGGUGUCAGACUCGCUGAGGUGAACUUCUUUUGCAGGUCGUGUAAGUUAUUUCCCCUGGUGUGCGCACGUGUGGCACCAUUUCUGAGUGCUUCAGUUUGUGCCGGGUCACCUCUCAAGCGUGGCAGUUGGAAAUAUUGCCCUCUAAAGGACACUGAAGAGGUCAGUGUGACCUCUUCUCCAACUCUCUCUUUUUCUCUCUGCAUCUACCCCCCCUCCCCAUCCUUGACCUUUGACCUUUCCCUCCCUUUUACUGUACCCUGCGCACUAGUAGACUCUGUCCCUUAUUUUUUAAUGAGAAACGUCCCAAUGAGUUGACAGUAUAGUACGCGUCUGUGUUUAAAUCUUUGAAAGGAGUAUAAUAUAUUACAACUUGAAGAAUAACGAUGUUGAUGACAGCGUAUUGUUAUCAAUGUAGAAGCAGUGUAUUGUCUUAAAUGUUGCAAUUAAAGCUCAAUUGGACCAA